UGUAAUUGUCAAGAGACCAUAGAGCAUGUAAUUAUGUUUUGUCCUGAGUACCAUCAAGCCAGACAAAGAUUUAUCUCACAACUUGGUGAAAUCCAGAUGACAUUAAAUUUGAAUGAUAUACUGCAAAGAGAAUCAGGUGAAAUUUGUUUUUCCUUUUUGUUUUCUUUUUUGAAGGUAACUGGGUUAUUUAAAAGAAUUUAGGAAAGUGUAGGAUGACCAUUUGAUCCACACUCCAGUCCAGAUGGUGGCGGUAAUGCACCAAAAAGCUGGUUGCCAACCGCCAUAUAAAAAAGAAGAAGAAGAAGAAUGGCGGGAGUUUAUUUGGAGGCGUAAGUUAGUAUAAGCGUUUACUCUAAAUAGCUUUCUUGGCUUCUAAGUUACCCGUUUAGCCAAAAGAAGAAGACGUAAGUUACCUGAAGUAUUGCCGUCUACAACAACUACGAUUUUACAUUUUGGUGAGGUAGCGCGACGAAAAGAGACCAUAUCUACUGGUUUACGGAAUGUUUAGAUUCAGUUCCAACAAAUGAAUAGCCUUUGUUGUAUGAUGUUACCCAAGCAUGCGUAUUUUACCAAGUAGUAUAACGAAUUAUAAACAUUACGAGAGGCAAGUAAAAGGAAAAAUAUCGUCAUCUAGGAGCAAUCUCCUGCCUUGAAUUACAGUAACGCUAAAAUCUAACUUAGGGUACUGUUGCAACAUGUCGGACUAUCUAAGUGACCACAACAGCGAUGAAAAUGAAGAUGUAAUCACCUCUGCGGAGCUCAUUGUGAAAUUAGAGGAGGCCUGGCUCAAUGAGAAGUUUUCCCCUGAACUGCUGGAGCACAAGAGCGAAAUUGUGGAGUGCGUCAUGGAGCAAAUUGUGCACAUGGAAGAAAACCUGCAGCGAGCAAGGAAGGGUGAUGUCAAAGCCAACAUUCAUCGAAUGGAGAUUGACCGCAUCCGGUUUGUCCUUAACAGCUUCCUGCGCUCCCGCUUACAGAAGAUAGAGAAGUUCUUCCCUCACAUUCUUGAGAAAGAGAAAAGCCGUGAAGAAGGCGACCCAUCAUACUUGACAGCUGAAGAAUCCAUAUUUGCCAGAGAGUAUCUGGUAAACACAGAGAAUUAUAUGAAUAAAGUGGCUCUGAAACACAUGCCUCCCAACCUGCAGCAUAUGGACAUGCUUAAAGCUGUGCCUAGGCCCUGUCUGGACACUUUUGUAUUUCUUAAUGUGAAAGAGAGACAGGAGAAUAUUCUAGUGGAGCCUGAAACUGAUGAGCAAAGAGAAUAUGUUGUGGACCUGGAGAGAGGAUCUCAACAUCUGAUGCGUUAUCGCACCAUAGCGCCCCUAGUGGCCAAUGGAGCAGUAAAACUUAUGUGAUGGAUACUUGUGUUACUGUACUAUGUGUUGCUGGGACUCAUGAUGACGUUUAUAUUUUGCACUGGAAGUAAAUGAGUUGGUCACAAAAUAAAUAAAAAAUUAUGUCAGAGCCUAACUUAACCAA